AAUUGAAUAACAUCGUUAAGAAGAUAAUAGAUAAAGAUUUUAUGUGACCUUACGGCACGUAGAUUUCGAGAACAGCGGAAAGUGAAAAGUAGGCAACGUCGUUAAGGCUGCCAUGUUUUCGCCCCACCGUCUCGUUCGAGCGAAUUUGCAUUUCAUAAGGAGUGUAGCUAAUAUUGAAUCGGCUAGUAACAGCGCUGCUUCGUCCCGAUUAUUGUCGUUUAAAGUUCGUUUUUCUUGUGAUCAGUCGUUAAGAACAUUCGAGAGAACAUUCAGUGCUUCCGUCGUAACAAUGGCAAAAAUAAAGGCAGGACCUGUUGUUGACAUCUUGGGAGAUGAAAUGACCCGGAUCAUUUGGGAUUCUAUUAAAGAAAAACUGAUUUUACCUUACUUAGAUAUUGAAUUGCAUACUUAUGAUUUAGGCAUUGAGAAUCGAGAUAAAACUGAUGACAAAGUAACUGUAGAAUGUGCAGAAGCUAUUAAGAAAUACAAUGUAGGAAUCAAAUGUGCUACUAUUACACCUGAUGAGAAGAGAGUAGAAGAAUUUAAUUUAAAAGAAAUGUGGAAGAGUCCUAACGGUACUAUUAGAAAUAUUCUAGGUGGCACAGUUUUUCGUGAGGCCAUUAUCUGUAAAAAUAUUCCUCGUCUGGUAACCAGUUGGACUCAACCAAUUAUUAUUGGUAGACAUGCCCAUGCUGAUCAGUACAAAGCAACAGACUUCGUAGUACCUGGACCAGGCAAACUUGAAAUCACAUGGACUGGGGACAAUGGAGAAAAAAUUCAACACACAGUUCAUUCUUUCAAGGGACCUGGAAUUGCACAAGCUCAGUAUAAUACAGAUGAGAGCAUUCGUGCUUUUGCUCACAGCUCUUUACAGUAUGCUUUGUCAAGGAACUAUCCUUUGUAUCUUUCAACAAAGAAUACGAUUCUUAAGAAGUAUGAUGGUAGAUUCAAAGAUAUUUUCCAGGAAAUAUAUGACAAAGAAUACAAAGCACAAUUUGAAGCUAAGAAACUCUGGUAUGAGCACCGUUUAAUCGAUGAUAUGGUAGCAUAUGCAAUGAAAUCAGAGGGUGGUUUUGUGUGGUCUUGUAAGAACUAUGACGGAGAUGUCCAAUCUGACUCUGUAGCACAAGGAUAUGGAUCUUUGGGUCUGAUGACUUCAGUCUUACUUUGUCCAGAUGGACGUACUGUGGAAGCAGAAGCUGCCCAUGGUACAGUCACCAGACAUUAUCGUCAAUAUCAGCAAGGAAAGGAGACUUCGACUAAUCCAAUUGCUUCGAUCUUUGCAUGGACUAAAGGAUUGCUUCACCGGGCAAAAUUGGAUAACAAUGAAUCUUUGAAAAAAUUUGCAGAGGCUCUAGAGGCUGUCUGCAUCGAUACUAUCGAAUCGGGCUUCAUGACUAAGGAUCUUGCAAUUUGUAUUAAAGGCAUGAAGAAUGUCACUAGAUCUGAUUACCUGGAAACAUUUGAAUUUCUGGAUAAAUUGGCAGAUAACUUGAAGAAGCAGCUCAAGUGACUAGGAGGCGAUUUUACUGAUGUACUAUCAAAGUAUUAAAGAUACUUAUGGAGUGCAGUAUAUAUCACUGGUUGUGGGGGAAGAGAUUGCAUUUAAUUUGUAGUUGUAAAAACUAGCGCAAAGCAUAAUGUAUGUACAAACGGUAAUAUAUAAAAAAUUGAGAUUAAUAUAUUUGUAAUUGCAGUAUUGAAAUUAUAUAUCGGCGAUACUUGAUUUUUA